UCACACACACACAGGCGUAGCAGUCGAGUAGCACACACAAGGCGUAGUGUAGUCGCGUAUAGAACGAUCGAUUGAUCGAUCGAUCAACACACGGUUCACGGCCUCACAGGCGGCGCUAGCUACUCCAGCUUAGAUCGAUCAAGCACGCGUACCGGUUGUUGGUUCACCAUGCAGCAGCCAAGCGUUAGCCUCGCCCCAAACACCAGCUGCCACCCGCAGCACGCCGGAUCAGCAGCUGGGUCGUCACGCCGUAGCCAUGGCCACCUCGGCGUGCUGCUGCACGUCGACCACUCGGAUGGCCGCCGUGCAGGGGCUCUCUACGCCGCCACGAACCUCCGUUCCCUUGAAGCUAUACCUGCCACCGGCCCGACCCUCCGUUCCCUUGAAGAAGCUAUAGCCGCCCCGAACCUCCUUUCCCAUGAAGCUGUUAUCUCCGCCAACAACACCUACCAGGACGCCAAACCAAGGGCGCGAAAGUUCUUCGAGUUGGAGAUGACCGUCCAGGACUGCGAUCUGGACCAGUACGGCGUUGUCAACAACACCGUCUAUCCUUCUUACAUCGAACGAGCACGAGAGGAGUUGAUAUCAGGCCUUGGAAUGAGCAGAACCUCGAUAGCGUGCACAGGCAACGCGAUGGCACUCACCGAGCUCAACAUUAAGUACUUCACCCCUCUAAAGCGAGGCGAGAAGUUUGUUGUUAGGUUGUCACUUGGACGGAUCAAGGGAGCACGGAUUUAUGCCGAACAAUACAUCGAGAGGCUGCCGGAUCGCAAGCUCGUUGUGGAAUCGACGGCCACCAUCAUCUGCCUCAACAGAAAGCACCGUCCGACUCGCGUGUGGCCGGAGCUGUCCUCCAAGCUGCUGGACUACUUCUCGUCCCAGGAAGACUAGCGACUAGUGAUUUCUCAAAACUUACAGCAGUAACAUCCUAUACGUUGUACAUCUGUUAUGCACAUACAUCAUGCCUGAGGGAAGAAGGAUCUCAAAUGAGUGGUCUGAUACUCAUAUGCUCGUGCUUAAUU